AUGGUCCGAAAGAAACUAGACGAGCGUGUACGCACACUGAUUGAGAGGGGAGUCAUGAAAAAUGAGCGAUCGCUCCUUGUUUUGGUGGGCGACUAUGGAAAAGAUCAAGUUCCAAACCUUCAUCAAAUUCUAAGCAAGACAUCUGUCCAGAGUCGGCCAAAUGUUCUUUGGUGCUACAAGAAAGAUCUUGGAUUUUCUACGCAUAGAAAGAAGAGAAUGAAGAAAUUGAAACGAGACAAAGCUAGAGGGUUAAUUUCGGGAUCCGACUCUUCUGACAAUUUUGAGCUUUUCAUCGGUUCUACUGACAUCAACUGGUGUUACUACAAGGAUUCCCACCGCGUUCUCGGAUCAACUGUGGGUAUGCUGGUUCUUCAAGACUUUGAGGCAUUGACUCCCAAUCUCAUGGCAAGAACCAUCGAAACAGUGCAAGGUGGUGGCCUUGUUGUUUUCCUGAUGCGAAGUGUGAAGUCCCUCAAACAACUCUACACCAUGACGAUGGACGUUCAUGCGCGCUAUAGAACCGAAUCUGCUGUAGACGUCGUUCCGAGGUUCAAUGAACGGUUCAUUCUAUCCUUAACAAAAUGUCAAAACUGCCUUGUUUGCGACGAUGAACUAAAUGUGUUGCCGGUUUCCCGAAGAACAUUGCAUUCUCUUUCUCCCGGUCAAAUCGACAAGGGAGAUGCCGGAGAAGUAAUACUGAGAGAUAAUGAAGAAGACACAGAGUUGAAGGAGUUGAAAGAAUCUCUUCUCGAAACACCUCACGUUGGUGCACUGGUGGAAUUGGCAAAAACUCUUGACCAAGCGAAAGCCCUUGUCGUAUUUUUGGAAGCAUGCUCAGAAAAGACCACGAAAGCUUCAACGGUUACAAUGACAGCUGCGAGAGGAAGAGGGAAAUCUGCGGCUAUUGGACUGUGUCUUGCAGGUGCAAUUUCUCUUGGAUAUUCCACUGUGGCUUUAACCGCACCAGAACCGGAGAACUUGGUUUCGGUGUUUGAUUUUCUUGUUCGGGGGCUUGUUGCGCUCAAGUAUCAAGAGCACAUGGAUUAUUCCGUAACCUACAGCAAUGCUUCUGGUCGAGAGUCAAUUAAGUGCAUUACUGCUAUUCACAUUCAUCGAAGUCAUCGACAGGUAAUUCAGUACAUCCCAGCACAUGAAAAAGACAAGUUUGCAUCUUCCGAAAUCGUGGCAAUUGACGAGGCUGCUGCUAUCCCACUCCCCAUCGUGCGUGGUCUUAUGCACCAACCUAAUCGGCUAACUUUCUUGAGUUCAACCAUUAAUGGGUAUGAAGGAACUGGUCGAUCUCUAAGUUUGAAAUUGAUAAAGGAGCUGCGAGAUCAAAAAGGUGGAAGAGCUGCAGAGUUGAAUGCUGCGAGUGAAGCGGCUAGAAAUAUAGCAGGAUCGCGAGCAAAGAAAGGAGAAACCAAGGUUCACGAGCAGCGUUAUAGGGCCGCUGCAGAAGCUGCGGACGAAGAUGUACUCUCGGGACCUCUUCGAGAAAUCGACCUAUCUACCCCCAUUCGAUAUUCAGAAGGAGACGGGGUGGAAGCGUGGUUGAACAACCUUUUGUGUCUCAAGUGUGGAUCUAGUUCGCAACUGAGGCUACAUGGCGGUGCACCGGCGCCAGCAGACUGCGAAUUAUAUGGCGUUGAUAGAGAUGCACUCUUCAGCUAUCACAAGCUCUCUGAAGCUUUCUUGCAGAAGCUCAUGGGGCUAUAUACAAGUGCCCACUACAAGAAUACACCAAACGAUCUUCAAAUGCUUUCUGAUGCUCCAGCCCACUCUUGUUUUGUGCUUCUGUCUCCAUCCGCAGAGAAGGACAGCAAUUCCCUUCCAGAUAUCUUGGCCGUCGUCCAAGUAGCACUAGAAGGAAAGAUCUCGCGGAAGGCGGUUGAGGCACAGCUGGCGAGAGGACAUCGCUCUGCCGGUGACUUGAUCCCAUGGACGAUUUCACAGCAGUUUGGAGAUGCCCAGUUCGCGCAAUUAAGUGGUGCUCGCAUAGUCCGGAUCGCUGUCCACCCUUCCGUGCAAUCGAUGGGAUAUGGGUCGCGAGCAGUUGAGCUGCUUCAACGCUUUUACAACGGUGAAAUGGUGUCGCUGGCCAACGAAGGGGGUGAAGACGGUGAAGAUGAUGAUUCAAUGCACGAUGGUGACGAAACAGAGGCAGAGAGUGUCGAGGAGGAUCAAACGAAAAGCACCAAGACUGGUAUUCAAAGCGAGAAGCUAGCUCCUCGAAAGGAGCUUCCACCGCUACUGCUUCCUUUGACGGAGAUUGAAGCUCCUCGUCUUGAUUGGGUCGGAACUUCGUUUGGCCUUACGCUACCCUUGCAGAAGUUCUGGACGAGGGCAGGUAUGCAAAUGCUCUACCUCCGUCAAACGAAGAACGAGUUGACAGGAGAGCACUCCACAAUUAUGCUGAGGGCGCUUUCGAAGACUUCAAGAGUCAACAAUACUUGGUUAGACUCCUUUGUGCAAGACACACAACGGCGAUUUAUAGCGUUGCUUGGUGGCCCAUUCCGGGAUGUCGAAAUUCGACUAGCAAUUUCAUCACUUGAACAAAUGGCUGAAUCUUGUGCCAAAGGCGGAUCAACCAAGAUUAAAGCUGAAGAGCUCGACUACAUGCUUACUUCACAUGACUUGAAGAGAUUAGAGCUGUAUGGACGAAACCUAUGCGACCACCAUCUGAUCACAGAUCUGCUUCCAACCGCGUCACGUCUUUACUUUUCAAAUAGAUUUGGCAACGACUUCAAGCUGUCAAGUGUCCAGGCUGCAAUCCUAUGUGGUAUAGGCUUACAGAACCGCGAAGUUGAUUCGCUUACAAAGGAACUAGGUCUACCGUCAAACCAGCUGCUCGCAAUGUUCAACAAAGCAAUUCGGAAGAUAUCGAUUGCACUUAACAACAUUGUCGAAGACAAGGAGAAGGAAGCUCUAUUGAGCGGUGAAGAAAGAAUGAAGGCACAGGAGGCAGUUGAAGGCAUGCGUGAUGUAGCUUCAUCGACGCUGGAAGAAGACACGGCCGCAGCUGCACGUGACGCGAUGAAAAGCUUGGGCGCCUUAAGUGCACAGCAGCUCCCUUCGAAAGUUACGAAGGAUCGGUCGUUAAUGCAAUUUGCCGUUAAAGGAUCUGAUGAACAGUGGACAAAAGCUCUCGAAGGGAAGGAUAUUAGUGCGUCUGGUACUAUUCAGAUCAAAAGUGUACGUGAAAAGCGAAAGCAACUCGACGAAGAGGAUUUCCAGAAGGCAGCCGAUAAUGAUAAAGCGACAAAGAAACAAAAGCCGAACAAAACGAAGAAGAAAAAAGGCCGAAAGUCGUUGUAG